CGGCCUCGCUCGGCUCUCUCCAGACGCUCCCCGGCUGCAGAGGAUUGCGGAGCUCGGUGUGUGCGCGCGCGCUGUACAGGGGAAUGCAGAGCUGAGCACAGCGCCCCCCAUAGACGGGCGGAGGGGAGAUGAAUGAGGAGCGCACAGGAUGAGAGAGCCCAGAUAACGCUCCAUCUCCGGGGAUCCGACCUGCAGGUUUAACCAUGGAGACGUGUCUUUGGUUCAGUGUCCUUCUCACCAGCGUGGUUGCUGCCAACAAGUUUUGUUUCCCUGGCUGUUCUUGCGAAGUUGAAACCUUUGGCUUAUUCGACAGUUUCAGUCUGACCAAAGUGGACUGUAGUGGAGUGGGUAACCACAUUGUUCCGGUCUCCAUUCCUUUGGAUACGUCUUACCUGGAUCUUUCCAACAACAAGCUACAAAAGGUUAAUGAAUCGGUUUUGUCUGGUCCAGGUUACACAACGCUGAUCAACCUUGACCUAAGUUACAACCAACUGGUGACAAUUUCAUCUACCACUUUCUCUAAAUUGAGAUACUUGGAGUCUUUAGACUUGAGCCACAACCAUCUGGAAGAACUUCCUGAUCAAAGCUUCUUCUAUUCCCCCAUUGUGGAGCUUGAUUUGAGUUUUAACAGGUUACAGGGAAUACAAAUUGGGGCCUUCACCUCGAAAAGUAAUGGCAAAGCAAUCCAUAUCAACCUUGCCAACAAUCUGAUCAGCUCUAUCUCAAGAAGACCCGAUGACCCUGUUCCAAACAUCCAGAGUUUGAACUUGUCUGGGAAUCAGCUGCGUUCUGUUCAUGGUCUUCAGGGAAUUCCUCUGCAAUACCUUAACUUGGAUAGAAAUCCCAUUUCUAAUAUCGAGGAUCAUAAUUUUUUGGGGCUUAAAGGAUUAACCUACCUGUCUCUCAGUAAAAUGGAGAAUUUAAGGGAGAUCGCCCCACAUAGCUUUAAAGAUCUACCAGCUCUCCAAAUCCUUGACUUUUCCAACAAUCCAAACUUGAGGUCUCUCAGCAAAGAUGUGUUCUUCGGGCUGAAGUCCUUGCAAGAGUUGAACUUGUUAAAUUCUGGUGUGGCGUCCUUGCCUAAAGACACCCUCCAGCAUUUGCCAUCAAUGAAAAGCAUUACCUGGGGAAAGAACAUUCAUUGUGUUAAGACUAUGAAGGAAAGCCAGUUCCAUCUUCAGAAUGGGGUGGUUCGAAGAGAAGUCUUGGUCUGCCGUGAUGAUCGAGGUGCUGUAUCAGCACAAGAUGUCUUAUAAAUGUGUUUUUUUUUUUUAUUCUCAUGUAAAGGCUCCUCCUUUUGGGAGCUCAUGUGCCUUUUUUGAAGAAAAGAUUGUCAAUAAUUUAUUUAUAAUUUUUUAUGAGCUAUUUUACUUAAAACAGCUGCAUUGAAUGUUACCAAUUUUAUAAAGACUUAAAUAAUUCAUAGCAAUCCACUUUCGGACCAAUAUGCGUUUUAUGAUCAACGUGCGAAGACACUAUUUUCAUCUGUUUAUUUUUUUAUGUGCUAAGCUCAAAUAAAGGAAUUUUAAAGGUAAA